AUGAAUGUAAAGAAAAAGGUUGUGGUUGAGCCAAGAGAAGAAACCCUAAAAUCUAAAGAUAAAGGGGAUGACAAAGAACCAGUGGAAAUUGAUGAAAAAUUGGCAGAGAAUAAUAAGCCACAAAGUGAUGUAUUACCCACCAUUCAAACCCCUCCUUCAUUUCUAAAAAGGCUUAAGAAGAAAGAGGAGAACGACAAGAUCAAGAAAUUCAUAGCUAAGCUUAGCAACCUCUCUAUCAAUAUCCCAUUACUUAAGGUUAUCCAAGAGAUUCUGGGGUAUGCUAAUCUUAUGAAGAAAUUGAUGUCAAAGAAGAAACUUGUUAAAGGUGACACCAUUGAAGUCACCUAUGGGUGUAUCGCUAUCAUAAGUAGCGAAAUGGCAAAAAAUAAGAAAGACCCCGUGGCCUUCACAAUUCGAUGCAUAAUCGGGACACACAAGUUUGAAAAAGCUCUAUGUGAUCUUGGUGCAAGUAUAAACCUCAUGCUAUUUGCAAUAUAUAUGAGACUUAGCUUGAGUACCCCUACAUCAACGUCGAUGAGGUUUGUGAUAGUGGACCGAUCUAUUAAGAAAUCAAUUGGUGUUUUGUUCAACAUGUUGGUAAAGGUAGAUAAAUUCAUCCUUAUAGCGGAUUUUGUGGUGCUAGAUUAUGAGAUGGACCAUAGGUACCUAUUAUCCUUGGUCGAACUUUCCUUGCCACUGGAAGAGCUAUUGUCAAUUUGGAGCUUGGGGAAAUGA